AUGAGCGACAUCAGCAACCACCAUCGCGGCUUUAGCGAAUGCAAGAAACAACGCAAAUCGCGCCGUGCAAGACACAAUGGCCAGAAACAAGCACACCAGUCCCGAAAUCACAACCACAAUUUCAAUGACAGCGACAACCGCACCAACGGAUGCACCAGUGACGACAACAAAAGCAUCGCCAGCACCACCAGCAACGGCAACCGUAACAAUCAUAACAAUACCUCCAGCCAACGCUGCUGGGACUGGAUGAUGGUAGGCGGCACGAACCACUACGCCAAAAACCGCUCUGCAUUUCUCACCUACCGUCGCGCACCGUGCAAAAUCGGGCGCACACGAGUCCUCGGCGUCGGAACCGUCAAGCUAGACCUCGUGCGCAGCCCCAAGGAUCCAAGCACUUACACCCUCAUCCUACAUGAUGUGCUGCACAUCCCCGAGGCCGUGUGCAAUGGCAUCAGCAUCAACCCUGACUUUAUGGGUGCGGGGAACUAUGGGAUCUCGUGGGAUGAUAAGCGCAUAUAUGAUGCGGAUACUGAGGAGCCGUGUUGGUAUGCGAAGGCGUUUCAUGAUGAUGGAUCGAUGAGGUGUGUUCUUGCGGGGGAUCCGAGGGGGACGACGUUUUUGGAGAAGGAUGGGAGUUAUGCGUUGAGUGUUAAUGCGUCGGAUGAGGAGUUGGAGGUUUUGGGGAGGAGGGUUGAGAAUCGGAGUUUGUUAUGA